UGCUCCGGCCGCUGAUUGGCCGAUGCAAUUGUCCACGAUGAUGCGUCAUGCAGAUCAGCCUUAAACGACGCGACACAAGUGACAUAACCUGUAUGUGGUGCGUGAACAAUAUUGUAUUUGUUGAAUCUACAAACUUGAGCUUGCAUACAAGUGAAUAAAGUGCACAUAAUGGCACAGGGAAAACUCAAAGUUAAGACAAAGCUGCCGGCAAAGGCGAAAGGGACGAAAGUCACGAAAGUCAAUAAAAACAAGAAAGGCCCUGCUGUUAAAAGACGUGGAAAUGCUCCCGUUCAACCUAAGAAGGCAAAGCUGCAGGAAACGCAGAAAUUGAAGAAGAUGAUCUCAAAAACGGUCAACACUGCGGCGGAGGAUGACUUACGAGAGAGGGCUUUAGAGGGAAGGAAAACUCUCACGAAGAAAGGUCCUUCUAAAUCGAAGAAAUAAUGAUAUGUUAAUUGUUAUGACAUUUACAUAUAUCAAUAAUGUAUGUAUUGUUGUGUAUAUCUCUCUCUUAAUUAAGCGAUGUUAUUCUGUUUGAAAUUAUAUAUUGGAAAAGAGGGAUCAAGAGUGAAA